AUGGAGCAGCAAUCGCAGAUGGGACCACCACCCACUCCAACAACAACAGAAUUGCAUCCUCCGUCAUACGCGGAAUCUGUGGCAGAGACAAUUGACGUGUUUUUCUAUCCAGACUGGCAUUACAGAGGCGGAUGCGACGACUCCAUGGUCAAGACACUAGACGACCUGCUCAACAAGGAUCUAUCUUUUAUGCACCCAGGAACCGAUUUCUUCGCGUUCUACUCCUUUCUCUUAAAGAUGGGCGAGCAACGUAUGGAGUUGUGGACCCCAGACGGGCGUUUCCAACCCAUCGCAGUCAUCGAACUUCGAGGGCCGUAUCUACGCGAGCUACGCGCAUGCGAGGGCAAGGCCCUUGUGUAUUUAAUGCACCCAAAAAAUGAGCAGCAUGUCAAAGAAUGCUAUUUUAUCGUCCAGGAAACAAUCUUGUCUGCAUCCCAUAGGAGCGGCGUUGCAGGAAAGCUGGUAUCACUGUUUGAUAAAUCGAAGCAGGUGGAGCGGAAAUACUGGAUCAAGGCCGCACUCCAAGGGGAAAGUUAUAUCUUUCGGCAAAUAGCCCCAAGUGAGGAGCCAAUGCCGGAAGAAUGUGUUGGCGUUAAGUCUAUUUGCUACCAGAGGUUUUGGCCAUGA